AUGCCGUCUCGUCGUGUCUUGUCCUGUAUUACGACCCUACCCAACGGGACCCUUAUGAUCCUUAACGGCGCAGAGGAAAGUGUAGCAGGCUUCGGUCUCGCUGACAAGUCGAAUUUCAACGCGGUUCUCUACGACUCUAGGAAGCCGAAACACCACCGCAUGAGCAUCAUGGUCAACAUCACGAUCGCGCGCAUGUACCACUCCGAGGCCAUGCUCAUGGACGAUGGUCGUGUCCUCAUCUCAGGCUCCGAUCCGGAAGAUGGCAAGCACCCCCAGGAAUACCGCUUGGAGGUAUUCAAGCCUCCGUAUCUACUUUCAAACAAGCCUCGCCUUUCGUUCACUAUUGAGAAUAAGGAUUGGAUCAAUAGAGUGGACUACCAUUCACGGUCACAGGAUCAGCAGGCACCACUGUCGCGCUGCUUGGCGUGGAGGCCAGCACUCACGGUAACUCGAUGGGCUGGCGCAUCCUCUUCCCUCAUGUCUACUGUGACACUCGGCCUACCUGCACCGUCACCGCACCCUUGGGUCCGUAUGUCGCACCACCUGGCUGUGUUCGUCCUUUACGACGACAUCACGUCUGUCGUGACAUGGGUCCGGUAUUGGUGGCGAUCCGGCUCGCUUGGGAGAUUGGCCAAAUGUUGCGGACUUCAAGCCGCUCCCGGGUGUUAG